AUAAUAGGUCUCAUCCUGAGUUAUCUCGCUUGAAUACUCUUCAACGCUGGAGGUGAUAAAAGGUCAGGCCCUGUUUGAUUUCCUCAGCACGGUGGAGAAGGGUAGCGCACAAAGAAGUGCAUCGGAAAUAUUGGAAGAAAGGUAGGAAUGGAUCCUGAGUUGUUAAAGGACCGCAAUGCCUUCAUUCAGAGAGCUCUUUCUCGCCCAGUCGUAGAAAGAAAGCCCGAGAAGAGGAAGAACAAAGAUCGAGAUGACAGGCCAGAGAAAAAGAAAUCAAAACUUCCUCCACCAAAGCCAGCUAGCGACCGAGUUGACUAUAAAUCAAUGCAGGGUAGCUCCCAGUACAAGUUCAGCAUAUUGGCAAAGAUAGUGAAAUAUUUGAAAAAGCGUCACCAAGCUGGUGAUUAUCAUCCAUUGACUAUUGAUGAAAUCCUGGAUGAAACCAACCAGCUGGACAUCGGUGCGCGUCAAAAACACUGGCUCUCCACAGAGGCUCUUCUCAAUAACCCCAAGGUGGAGGUCACAGAUGGAUUUAAAUUUGCUUUUAAACCCAAAUAUAAUCGAGUCCGGGACAAGGUCAGUUUGUUGAAGCUUUUACGAACACAUGAUUUGAAGGGACUUGGUGGAAUAUUGCUUGAGGACAUCGAAGAGGCCCUUCCUCGUUGUGAUAGUGUUGUGAAGGCUUUAGGGAGCAAAAUAACAUUCAUAACACGUCCCAUUGACAAAAAGAAAAUUAUAUUCUAUAAUGACGCAGACUGUCAGUUCACAGUGGACGAUGAGUUUAAGAAGCUGUGGAGAAGUGUAACAGUUGAAGGCGUUGAUGAUGGGAAAAUAGAUGACUAUCUGGAGAAGCAAGGGAUCAAAUCCAUGCAGGACAUUGGCCUGAAAACUGCUCCCGUACAGAAAAGAAGGAAAGCUAAUCGGAAAAAGCGGAACAACAAUUUCAAAAAGCACAAUGAGCAUUUACAGGACAUUCUACAAGAUUAUUCAGAAAAAUAACGCCUUAUUUUUUCAGCUAAGUUGAGACAUACCAGUACAUCCAGUACAUGUAUAGGCCUACCAGCAACAGCAUGAACUGUGAUGGACAUACCAGUAUAUCAUUCCUCAGUUAUGGGCAUAGAUGCACAUGUAAUUUAAUACAUACCAGUAAUAUAAACAAAUGUUGAUGGUUAAUAUUACAGUGUUGAAGGAUAUUGAAAGAUGUAUGUUUCUGAAUUUCAGGUGGUAAACUUUGUUAAUUUGCUGGUUUAUCCAGAAUGAAUUUGUUUCUGUGGUGUGCCACUGAUUUCUGUGUAAGAAUUAUGCAGCUCAGUGCCUUGUCACAGAAAAGGCCUAAGGCGUAAGCUAAGAGUCACAGCUUUACUGAUGAAUGUAUUUGGGAUCACCACAAUGCUAGAACUGAACAGUGAAGAUAGUGAAACUUGUUUAAAUAAGCAUAAAAGGUCAUGUACAACUGCUGCAUACACUUUUAGAAUUUGGUUUUCAACAUUUUAGAGCAAUGUAAUUGUAUGUGGCUUUACUGCUUUAAUAAUCAUCUCAUCAGUAUUUUCUUGUGUUGAGGUCUAUGUGGAUUUUUACAAAGCAUUCUUGUUUUCCAGUCUGCUCCAUCUGCUCUCGUCCUCAGCUGUAGCUGAAAAGAUUAUCUUUCCCCCUGACAAACACUUAUUACAACAUGUACUUCUAUAUGUGCAGUCAACUCAGAAUUGUUCAUUUAUAUACUCUUACUUUGACUUACUGUUACAGUGCUACAUAUGUUUAGGAAGUUUGUUCAAUAAAUUAACUGUAUUAAUAA